AUUUAUAACGGUCUUUCGUCUUGCGGGUAUCAUCGUACUACGUUUGAAGAAUAUGGAAGAUAAAUAUAAAGGAUAUGAAUCAUAAGAAUUGAUAGUACUGAAAGAGACUUUACCGCUUUACCAUUAUUACUAUUACUUCAUACGUGCAUUGAUUCUCGUGAAAACGAAGGGCAGCUCACACCGACAGACAGAAGAAACGACUCGAGUAGACAUCCAAGCAACGCCUUCAUCACCAUUGUCGCAGUAGUAAUAACAAUAUACAUACAGCAAUGUAAGUGUGAAUGCACCACCAUGACGAUUAGGUUGUUUCAAUGUCAGUGAUAGCGGAAACACAUAUUCUUGUUGCACGAGAAUUUCACGUCGGAUUCCCUGGUUUGUUAUCAGAUUCGGCUAAUCGUCUUCCCGGAUAGCCCCUCACAACGCCGUUGUUUUCCCCCCUGCUUCCCAACUCCAGAAUCAAGAUGGCAGGUCCAAUCCCUCUUAAUAAGAAGACUAUUGUCAAGAAGCGAACAAAGAAGUUCGCCCGGCAUCAGUCCGACCAAUUUAUUCGCAUUCGCGAUUCCUCGUGGCGCAAACCAAAGGGUAUCGAUGGUCGCGUCCGUCGUCGAUUCAAGGGAGCCAUCCCCAUGCCCAGUAUCGGUUACGGUUCCGAUAAGACUACCAGAAACAUUGCACCUAACGGGUUCAAGACCGUUGUUAUCAACAACGUUUCUGAAUUGGAAAUGCUUAUGAUGCACAACCGUACAUACGCCGCAACUGUUGCGAAGUCUGUUUCAUCCCGAGUCCGAAAGGAUAUCGUGCAAAGAGCUGAACAACUUGCUAUCCGUGUCACAAAUGCCAACGCCAAACUACGAGCUGAGGAAGACGCUUAAAGAUGUUACAUUUACUAAAAGAACACAAUCCCCUUUUCAAUAUACAAUUAUUCGAUUUGAGAGCGGUAUGAACAUAAUCGGUUGCGGAAGUACGACAAACGCGUUGGAAGUGCUCAUUAGGGGCUAGAGCACCAUGUUAUAUC